AUAUGUAGUAAUAUAUGGCUCGAUUGUGCUUCAAUAGCUGAAUAUUUUGAAUGUCUUGUGUAAACAAGAGAUUCUGUAAUCAUGAUUAAGAUAAAAGAAUCUUCGAAACAUAAAAAAUUUUCAUCAGACAGGAUCUCCAUUAUUUUAAAACUAAUCGGUGAAGGUGAGAGCUCCAUUCCAUUAUUUAUAAAAUAUUAAUACUCUUCUUCCGAAUUAUUUUUCAUCGUCCUUGACAACAUUUAAAGAUCUUGUUAUUUUUUUAUUUUAUUUUUUAUUUUUUUUUUUACUGAAUAAUUAAUUAAUGAUGAAGCGAUUGAUCCCUAGAUAUUAUUAUUAUUGUUGUUUUUUCCAAAUCUCGUUAAUUUGUUUUUUUCUCUAAGAGAAAAUUAAAUAACACAGGAAAUUCAGAUAAAUUUUUCAGAUCUACGGAUGAUUGACCUGGGAGGGAUUAAAAUAGAAUGGGUUUAAAUCACGUGCAAUGUUCCGGUGGUUUAUAAACCUUUCACCAUUCUCUUACAAUCUUCAAUCUAUCCUCUGUGAUCUUGUUAUUUUAGCAAUAACUAAUUAAACAUAAAUAUUAUUUAAUAUAAAUUCAUAAUAUUCGUGACUUAAUUUAUCUCAAUGCUAGAGUUUACAGAUAAUGAUUAUCUAUAAUUAAGAAUAUUAUAAUUGUACGAAUAGUAUAGGAUGAUUACAGUUAAACGAUCAAAUAUCAAACGCGGAACUACAAGUUAUUAUGUUACUUUUUCCUUAAAUAAAUCUUAUAGCAGUGAUAGUGUCCAGUGAGUGUAGGAAGAAAGAUGAAAGUGUUUUCAUUGUGAAGGUAUGAAACAGAGUUGCUGGUAUAUAAACCGGCAACCGUUCUUUCAUCAUCCUAGUAUGAUUCAUAAUCAGAGCAGUGACAUUGAUCUUGUUUUACCACAAGUCCAAUAAGAUGUUUCAUUUUAUCCUGAUGAUGACUCUACUUUCAACAUCUUACGCAUACCAGGCUUCUAAAGAGGAUUAUUAUCAGUUCCCACGUCCACGUUUGAUUUCUCAGUCAUUUAAUAUCGCCGACUUACCUCCGAAAGUUAUUAAAAUUACCAAGACGAUCGCCGUUCGCGUCCCAGUACCAUACCCAGUAAAGGUCCCGUAUCAUGUUCCGGUGCCAGUGCCAGUAAAUCAUCCGAUACCGGUCCCCGUUCCCCAGAUAGUUAAAGUGCCUGAGCACAUACCCUAUGAGGUAUCCAAGCAUGUACCAGUGGAACUUAAACAGCAGGUGCCGUUUUUUAUAUCCAAGCCCGUGCCGAUUCCUCACCCGAUUCCCGUACCGCAUCCCGUCAGGAUAGAUCGGCCUAUUCCGUAUCCAGUUCCCUACAAUGGACCCCAUCAUCAACAACAAAACAAUCAGCACUAUCAAGUUCACGAAAAUCAUCAACCAGAAGAAAGUCAAACUAAUUUCUCCGAUUCAAACGAAUUAAAUCAUUAGUUUAUUAUGUAAUUUUAUUUAUUGGUUAUUGUGUAUGAAGGUGUAAACUGUUUUGUAGAUUGAUUAUUUAAAUAAUAAAAGUAUUAAUAAUAUUUAAUAUAUAAAAAUUUUU